CUGGAGUCUCACGGUGACGUUUUGGGUAAUUGGACCUCUAGGGUAUCUCCUUGGGAAUUGCGAUUUGCGACAGAGGAGACUGAGAGGAAUCGCCGACUGCUCGAGGCUUCGCCGAAACAGAGCCUCCCUUCCCAGCUUCUACCAGUUCAGCUUCUCGCCGCCAUCAACGUCCUCGCUGCCAACGGCCUCGAGGGGAUCUCCGACAUCGCCUUCGUCGUCCUCUCCCUCGCCUACAUUUUCGUCAUCUCCUGA